AAUUCAAUAUACACACUAAUCUGUUGUAUUUGUUUUCUAUUUAACAUCAUCAAUGAUGAUUCAACAUUUUUCGUGAUGACAGCAACAACAGAAUCACCAAAAAUUAAUCUAAAACCAUCAAUUCAUUUUAAUGAUCUUGAAUUGAAAUUAUUAUGUGAACCACGUGAAUUACGUCGUGAAUUUUUGAAAAAAUUUCGUUCAAAAUGGACAAAAUGUUUAGGUUUAGGACGGAUAUAUUUUCCAACCGGUAAAACAAUUGGUAAUGGCAAUGGUGGUAAUCGUCGUCGACGACGAACACCAUUAUUGGAUGAAAAUACAUGGAAACGUUUACGUUUAUAUUUAACUACGAGUGAUGAUACAAUGAAUGUUUAUUGUCGGCUAGCAUCGAAUUGGAAACCAUGUUCAUAUCAUUUGAAACAAAUACAUUGUCUACAAUCCAAUUAUGAUGCAAUACAAAUGGCAAAAAAUCCUAAAUAUUCACCAUUAUAUCAUAAUAUCAAUAGACAACGUACACAAUCAACACAACAGAAAUUGAAUUCAAAACGACAUCUGAUUGCUGCCGCUGAACGUGAAGAUAAUAUUGAAAAUAUGUCCGAAUUGUAUCAGAUACGUUGUGAAAAUAUUCGUAUGAGUGCACAUUAUAUGAAUGGUGGCGGUGGUGGUGGUGGUCGUCGUGGUGAAUCAACAUUAUUCAAUCGUUAUAAUCAAUAUUUAUUCCAAGAUUAUCAUUAUCCUGAAGAUAAUGAUGAUGAUUAUGAUGAUCAUUUGGAUUAUCAACGUCAAGAACUUUGAACUUUUAUUUGAAACAUUAACAACAACAACAGAGGAUUAUAUUCAUAGAUGGAAAAAAAACUUGACAUACAUGUUUUUUGUCCAACAUUUUAAUAUAUCAAUUCAUAGUAAUAAUAACAAUAAAAAUUGA